UAAAUUGACGAGAAAGAGAAAUUGACGAUAUGAGAAAAUAGCGCGAUAGUUACGAUAUUUUGUCGAUAUAUUGUUUUCCGGCGAUAUUUUGACAACCAUGUUAGUUCAGAGCCCCAGAAGCUUCUCCGGAGAGCGACCGUCUCCGUUCUUUCCCUCCCUUCCGCCGUUCCAAUAGAAACGGUGAUGGUUUCGCGCCUUAUUGCCCUCCAAUUCGCCUCAGCUCACUUAAACUGAAAGAUUCAGAGAUUAGUUCUUCGCUGGUUGUUCGUGGUCUUUGCUGUCUGGAAAUCGCGAUAGGAUUUGCCCCCUCCAUAAAGCACCUCCUCAAAGUAGGAUUCUUUCCUAUUCCUUCGAAUCAAUUCAAAUGAUUGGAUUUCUGGGUUUUCUUUCAUUGUGCUGAAUCGUUUCUUGCUAUUCUGAAUCUGGAAAGGUGAUAAUCCCUCAAAAAGUUUCAAUCUUGUUGGUUUGCUGGUGUUUUGUGUGGGUGGCUCUGUUAUGCUGAUUUUGAUGCUUUGAAGAUGGUUUCUGUGUUAUUCAAUAGGGAUGUAGGAGUGUUGACUGUUCAGAAAGGCAAUGCUGCAGCUAUGAACUUCUGCACCAGACGUAGUAUGUAUUUUCUCCUACUCUCUCGUGAACACUUCUUAUUGGGAUUUAACUGGUAGUAUUUGAUUCGUCUCAAGUAAUGGAACUUACAAAAAAGGCCUCACUUCUUGACUGUCAAGACCCAUUUUUUAACCAACUUUCCCUGUCAACUUCAAAAAGCUUCUUCUCAAUUCUAUUUGAGCAUACAAAACAGCCUCAACUUCAGAAACUUCUUCACCAAGUGAUUCCAUUUUAUUUGAGCUUAUUGCUAUAUGACUCUAUUUGAACUUACAAAACAGCCUAAACUUCAAAAACUUCUUCACCAAGUGAUUCCAUGUUAUUUGAGCUUAUUCCUAUGUGCUUAGCUAUCUAUUUCUAUUUUAAACUGUCAUGAUGCUCUCUAUCAUGAUGCCUCGACGAGAAUAUUUGAUUAUAAAACUUGGGCUUUGUCUCUAAUCAUGCCUUAUCAGGGCUCUUGUUUGUGUGACUAAUAAACCUCCCCAGGUACCAUUCAGAAUCUGGGUGGCAGACAUGGUUGGAAGUAAUAGCCGAGCAGCAGCAUUAUGGGCUUCACGUUGAUCAGUCCACUAUCACCUUUUUUAUGUGCUUCAUUCCUUUUGUCAUUGAUGCAUGUGUGAAGCUUUGGCCAUCUUUUUCACCCUCAAUUUUCAUUUUCUUCCACAAACAACUGCGGUUAGAGUGCCAACCGCAAGCUCUCCAUCCGAAUUAAUUGAACAAGUAUGCAAGAAAAGUAAUGACUCCAAUUUGUGUGCCCAAGUUCUGCAAUCUUAUCCUGAAGCAUCAUCAGCAACUGACAUAAAAUCCUUAGCUAAAGCUGUCCUGGAAAUUGCCAACAAGCAAUCAACAACUGUGGGCAACCUCUUUACUGAAUUAAGGAACAAUGGAACUACCAACCCAUCAAUCAAGCCAUCAUUAGAUCUAUGUGCUUCCCAGUACAAUGAUGCAGCUGUGUUCUUCUCCCCUGUUGGGUUAGGAAAUGUUGCAAAAAGUUUGGAAGUUCAUUCUGCUUUAGAUGGUUCGGAAGGUUGCCAAACUGAAUUAGCUGCAAAAGGUGUCAACAUUGAAUCAAUUGCACCUGAAAUUCAAAAGUGGAAGGAACUUUAUGAAGUUUCUAGUUCUGCCAUCUUAUAUGCUGAAGAUUUGUUUGGAGGCAAAGCUGCAGAUGGUCAAGAUGAAUUUUGAUUCUUAUUUUUGAAACUUCUAUUGCCUUGAGAAAAGUUGAGCAGAAUCGUCAUGUGUGGAUUGUUGAUGGCACGAAUCUCCAUUAUAGCUGUGUUAUUAAUAGUUGUCUUGGCAGUUGCCACAAAAGUGUUGUAAAAGGAAAAUUUCCUUUAAUUAGUCUAUGUGCCCAUUACUUGGCAAUGGAGGUUUAUGUGUUCAGCUUCUUCAAGUCGUUUCCUUCACAAUGACCGAGCUUGAUUCUGCUGUGGAUGUUUGACAUUAUUUCAUUCACGAUUUAGAAAAAGUCUCUUUGUAGAUUUAGUCAAAAUGGAAUUAUCAUUUUCCGUGCACGGGUUUCACUUUCUGAUGAGUUAAGAUUUCGCAGUAAGAAUGAUGAUCCAGUUCUUGGCAGUCGUUACAUUUCAUUUUUGUUCGGUUUCUUAUUAUGGGACAUUUUGCAGCUAGACUCAGUGAAGUCAUGAAUGAUAUGUAGUGGUUUGAUCUUUCUGGAAGUUGGUCAGAAUUAUCAUUGGGUUUUAGCAGACUUUAGUAAAGGUAAUAAUAUUAUGAUACAUUACAUAUGCAAUGAUACAUUACAUUGCUCUGCCAUUGCACCAGACAGGGUUUGGAUUGGUGGUCAGAACCCUACGUGGAGAACCUAAGAUUGAGUUGUUGGUUUGUGGCGUUUGUAGGUUAAUGGUAGGGAAUUUCUUGAUUUGGUUGGUUCGCAAUAAGAUUAAGGUGAACAUUGAAGUUUCCAUUGGUCAUUUGUCUCUGUGGAAUUGAAAAGGCCAAGGAUUUGGAAGCAUUCAGGUAAUGGAGUAGGGAAGAAAGGCUUCAUGUUCGACACUCCAUGCUAAAUCAAUUCAUGGGUUUAUGUUCUACAGUUUGCAUAAUCGAUGAUCAGCAAAAAGAUUGUACUUCCUUCUAGACAGAGACAACUGAUAACAGUAAUACUAAUAUCAUUGUCUAUUCCUUGAUGACUCAUUUAAUGCUCCUGUAAAUGCAAAUCAUGGGCAGCUCCUAUGCCUUCAAUCUGAUAUGUACAUAUCUCCAUUUCCUCUGCACCAUACUGAUCUUCCCCAUCGCGUCUUCAGUUGCUAAAGAAGAAAAUCUUCCAUAAAAGCUUCUUGGGUAACUCAGUUAGCUCAGUAAAAGCUUCUGUAAUGUUACUGAGCAACUCUGGUGGCAGAAGAGAGAGAGAAAAACAGAGUAGCAGUCAUAAUUCUGCUCGUAACUGGUAAGGUAAAUCUGGUGUCAUCUUCGACCUCCAUUAAUGUUUUCUGGUUUUCAUUGUAUCUUGUCUAUGGAGAGCUGUACAGGGUAAGAUUUCAUAUCGACUGAUACCCUUUUGGGAUCUCUUCAUAUAGGCCUCGGAUCACAUUUCAAGACCUACUUUUGCUGCCGUCUGGAACUGAGAUCAUGCAAGGUUUCUUCCCCUCCUUGCUCGUUGAAAUGGUAAACUGUAAAUAUGGUGUCAAAUCAAACUAUUACAUAUUUCCUCAAAUUGCUCAAGUUUGACUCUUUCACUAUGCAACUUUUCAUAAUUACAAAAAGAAAUCUUUGGUCGGCCAGUCUUGUUGAAUCCUGUGCCUUACGCGGUUCUUUUUUGCACUUGGUUGGUGAUGCAAUUAAGUAUCUUUUCCCCCCAAACAGGGUAAAGUUCAUGAAUAAUGAUUUGGUCGGUUGGUUGUCUGAUUUAAUGUUCUGAAUUCAAUCUCUAGUGAAAUUAAUCAUGAAGCUUUCAAUUGGACAUAAGAGUACAACCAUAAUGGAGCGUGCCUUUGGAGCGCCCCUGAGAAUAACAAUGGAGCGUGAAAUUUUCCCAUCAUAUAAAGUAUUAACUAGAUUUGGGUUCGAUCUCUAGUUUUCUCUCAGCUUUGGAUGCUGGCAAUGGCAGUAGCAGCAAAGUCCACUGUAUAUGGUCGUGGUUCAUGAUGAUGGAAGUGGCCCCUUCCCAGUAGCCGUUGAAACCGCCAUUUUUAACCGCUUUUCUUGCCAAACGUUUAUUAAAUUAAUCUGGACCCACAUGGCACUGAUUAAUUUAAUUGCGCGCCUAAUUAAAAUAUUGAUUGAUU